GGAGCUCCCGGCUUGCUCGUGAGUGGGCGGGGCCUCAGAUAACCACGCCCCCGGAGGCCUUGCGGGCGGAACUUCCUGCCGGCGGCCCUCCGCGUCCGGAAGAACUGGUCCUCGGGUAUCCCCGGCUGCUGAGCGAACGCAUCGUCCUCCAACCCGAGUAUACUCCGAAGAUGGCGGACCCUUGGCAGGAGUGCAUGGAUUAUGCAGUAACGCUAGCAAGACAGGCUGGAGAGGUGAUUCGUGAAGCUCUAAAAAAAGAAAUGAAUGUAAUGAUUAAAAGUUCUCCAGCCGAUUUGGUAACCGCUACUGACCAGAAAGUUGAAAAAAUGCUCAUCUCUUCCAUAAAGGAGAAGUAUCCAUCUCACAGUUUCAUUGGUGAGGAAUCUGUGGCAGCAGGGGAAAAGAGCAUCUUAACUGACAACCCCACAUGGAUCAUUGACCCUAUUGAUGGAACCACUAACUUUGUACACAGAUUUCCUUUUGUAGCUGUUUCGAUUGGCUUUGUUGUAAAUAAAAAGAUGGAAUUUGGAGUUGUGUACAGUUGUGUGGAAGAUAAGAUGUAUACUGGCAGGAAAGGAAAAGGUGCCUUUUGUAACGGCCAAAAACUACAAGUUUCGAAGCAAGAUGAUAUUAGCAAAUCACUCUUGGUGACUGAGAUGGGGUCUUCCAGAACACCAGAGACUGUCAGAGUCAUUCUUUCCAAUAUGGAAAAGCUUUUUGCUAUUCCCAUUCAUGGAAUCCGGACUGUUGGAACAGCAGCUGUUAAUAUGUGCCUUGUGGCAACUGGAGGAGCAGAUGCAUACUAUGAGAUGGGAAUCCACUGCUGGGACAUGGCAGGAGCUGGCAUUAUUGUCACUGAAGCUGGUGGAGUCCUAAUGGAUGUGACAGGUGGACCAUUUGAUUUAAUGUCUCGAAGAAUAAUUGCUGCCAACAGCAGAGCAAUAGCAGAGAGGAUAGCCAGAGAAAUCCAGAUAAUACCUUUGCAAAGAGACGAUGAAGAUUAAUCUAAUCGCAGCAGCCUCAUUAUUCCAUUAUUUUGCCCCAGAUUUACUGCAGCACUGCUGGAUACCUGUUUCAGAUGUGUGAAAAGAUGGAUUUAGAUUGUCUCUGAUGUUCUGAUUUUAAAAUGAGAAGUUAAAGGCAGUAUGCAAAAGUAGACGUAUUUGUUUUGUGGCUUU